UUUUUUCUUAAAAGAGAAGGAGAGUGUGUGUUAAGAUGGUUGUGAUGAUGUUCUUGUGGCUAUCUUGCUUGCUAACAUUGCAUGUCAUUGGAGACUAUAUAUAAGAGCUUUUGUUGCAUAGAAUGUAGUUUGGUUUGGUUUGCUUUCCUUUUUGCUUUGCUCAUUUGUUCAUUUUCUCUCUCUUAUAACACCACAAAUAUUGAAGAAAAAGAAUGGCACAAUUGCCUCCAAAAGUGCCUAACAUUACACCAAAUUGGCAUGACUUCCCUCACCAAAGAAUGGCCUCCAUGGAGAAUUUACCAUCAAACACUGCCAUUGCCACCGCCACCGCCACCGCUACCACCCAAUGGAUUGACGAAUUCCUCGACUUCUCGUCAGCGAAGCGUGGGUCCCACCGGCGAUCCAUUAGUGACUCAAUUGCCUUCAUUGAGCCCUCAAUAAUGGUGGAAGAAUGCAGAAGAUCAUCCGCACCAGGGUCUAGGGCUAACAUCGAAUUUGAACGGUUCGAUGAUGAGCAGCUCAUGUCCAUGUUCGCUGAUGAAGUCGCGGUGGCUCCCACCAUGUCCUUGUCAAACACGUCGACACCGUCCGAUCAUAAUAGCAUUAAUGAUGAAGACAAACCAGCACCACUUGAUCAGAUGAAGAAUGAGGCUGAGGAGGUGCAAAGUUCAUGCAAAUCAGAAGCACAAGUCACCACCACUAAUGCAAUUACAGAGAAUUCUACCGAAAAGAUCAAUAUUGAUCCUAAAAGGGUCAAGAGAAUCUUGGCCAACAGACAAUCUGCGCAAAGGUCACGAGUGAGAAAGUUGCAAUACAUAUCGGAGCUUGAACGCAGCGUUAACUCACUCCAAGCUGAAGUAUCAGUGUUGUCACCAAGGGUGGCAUUUUUGGAUCACCAACGCUUAAUUCUGAACGUCGAUAAUAGCACUCUCAAGCAAAGGAUUGCAGCCCUCGCCCAAGAUAAGAUUUUCAAAGAUGCUCAUCAAGAAGCACUGAGAAGGGAAAUAGAGAGACUAAGGAAAGUGUAUCAAGACCAAAAUCUCAAGAAGAUGGACAAUGCUAAGCCACCUUCCUCUGAUGCCAACAACGGUCCUAUGGAAAAUGAUCAGCUAAUUCUCAACUGAAAAAAGCCAAGGCCAUGCAUUUCACUCUUCCUCAGUGUGUUCUCCCCCACUUCACUCAAGUGAUUUAAGGGCUCUACUAAAAAUUAGUUUGUUUUUAAUGAAUUUUUAAGCAUUAAUUCAUCUUCAUUUUUAAUAAUGUUUCUAGAAUAAGAAAGGAAUUGGAUUAGAUGUUGAAGAGAUGAUCCACUAAAUUCUAAAAGUUUUACUAAAUAAAAAGUUAACCAAUUUCAUAUUCAUAUUUCUAGUCAUUUCAUCAAUGGGAGAAGAAGAAAUUCAUUAGAGGAAGAGGAAGAGCCCAAGGGUGAGGUAGGUAGGUACUCAUGCUUAUCCAUUCACAUGAAUGGGUAUCCCAUUUUGGUGGGGCCCACAGAAGAUCACAUGGUGGGACCCAGCCAAAGGUAACCUAAAGAAAGGCAAUUGGCCCCUAUGAUAGGGGCCUAAGAGAAAGGAUUAGGGGAGGAGGGUGGUUGUGAUGCAAUUUAUUUCUUCUCCAUUCAUUAGUAUGUUUUGUUUUGUUUUGUUUUUGUUUUUUUUAAAUUCUUUUCAAAGUCACUGUUUUGGAAAGCUAGGGAUAGUGGGUUUGUGUUGGGAUGCAUGAAAGAAGGGCUUGUCAGGUGGAGUUGUUGAUGUCAGGUUGUGCAAUUUUUA